UGUACAUCAGCCGUCUAGUCCAGACAAGCUCCUGUGUCAUAUAGACAUAAGCCUACGAGUAGUGUUGAUAGACCUCCGCUUUAAGAGGUAUCAAGCAGUCAGCUAGGGAAUCAUUCAGCAUGGCCGACGCGAAACUGUUCACUCGAGGCAAGGUCCAGGAGCUCCAAGUCGAACUUCAACAAGCCGACCGGAAGGACAAGUCGUAUGCGAAGAAAAAGAUCGCCUUGAAGAAGAUUGUCGCGAACAUGACGAUGGGGAACGACAUGUCUCCUCUGUUUGAUGAUGUGGUGCAAUGUAUGCUCAUCCAGGUGCUAGAGAUCAAGAAGAUGGUCUACCUCUACCUCGUCAAUUAUGGAAGGACGAAGGCCGAUUCGAUCCACCACGCCAUCUCCGGCUUCCUCUCCGACUGCAACGACCGUAACCCCCUCAUCCGAGCCCUAGCUAUCCGAACAAUGUCCUCGAUCCCCCUUCCACGGGUGAUCAUGGCCCUCAUCGACCCGAUGCGGAGCGGGUUACAGGAUAGCGAUCCUUAUGUACGGAAGACUGCUGCGUUAGCGGUGGCCAAGCUGUACGUGACGGAACCGGGAAGGAAGGUCAUAGAAAGAGAAGAAUUCGUAGCUAUGCUAAGAGACCUGUUGGCGGACUCGAACCCUACGGUCGUAGCUAGCGCCGUAGCGGCUUUAGUCGAGAUCUCGGAACGGAGCGACGAUAUCAUGUUGCGUCUCAACGUCACGGUCGCUGGGAAGCUUGUCGCUGCGCUUGGAGAAUGUUCAGAGUGGGGCCAAGUCUACAUCCUGGAUUCCCUCUUAUCUUUCGUCCCCAACUCCUCUCUAGACGCAGAACAACUAGCAGAAAGGAUCAGCAUCAGAUUACAACAUGCCAAUAGUGCGGUAGUUCUGACUACCAUCAAAGUGCUGCUCUACUUGAUGAACUAUAUGGAGGAUGAGAGUCUGAUCAGGAGUCUCGAGAGGAAGAUGGGACCUCCUUUGGUCACGCUACUCUCAUCCGGUCCUGAAGUGCAAUACGUCGCCCUACGAAACAUCCUUUUGAUCAUCCAACGCCGUCCAGCGAUCCUAGCCAACGACGUCCGCGUGUUCUUCUGUAAAUACAACGAUCCGAUCUACGUCAAGAUGGCCAAGCUGGAGAUCAUGUAUCGGUUGACUCGGGAGGAUAAUGUACAAGAGGUUUUAGCAGAGCUGAAAGAGUACGCUAACGAGGUAGACGUCGAUUUCGUACGCAAAGCGGUCCGCUCCAUCGGUCGUCUCGCCAUCAAGAUCCAAACCGCUGCCGAUCUCUGUAUCCCGGUCUUGAUCAGCUUGAUGAGGACCAAGAUCUCCUACGUCGUGCAAGAAGCCAUUGUGGUUAUCAAGGACAUCUUCCGGCGGUAUCCCAACCAGUACGAGAGCGUGAUCGCCAUCUUGUGCGAGAACCUGGACUCUCUCGACGAACCUGAAGCCAAAGCCUCGAUGAUCUGGAUCAUCGGACAAUAUGCGGACCGGAUCGAGAACAGCGACGAGCUGUUGGAUGAUUUCCUCUACACGUUCUCGGAGGAACCGGCAGAGGUGCAACUAGCGCUCUUGACGGCGAUCGUCAAGCUGUUCAUCAAGCGGCCGACAGUAGGGCAAGAACUUGUACCAAAGGUACUGAAGAUGGCUACCGAAGAGGUCGACAAUCCGGAUUUGAGAGAUAGAGGCUACAUGUACUGGCGUUUGCUUUCUUCGGACCCAGCAUCGACUCGAGAUAUCGUCUUGGCGGACAAGCCGCCCAUCUCGACCGAGACUGAUCGUAUGGACAAGGGUAUGCUGGAUCAGCUAUUAUUGCAUACCGGGACGCUGUCGAGCAUCUACCACAAAAGCCCACAGACCUUCAUCCGAACGGCAAAAGCUCGUUACUUGACAGACUCUCCCGCAUUGAACGCUUCAUCACGGAGACACCUUCAACAACCUGGGACUCGGUCGCGAUCGGCAGCCCCGCCCCCAUCAUCAACAUCGCGACCCGGUCCACCUGCCACUGCACCUCGACCGCCGACAGCGUUGAUCGACACUAACGCCGAGGACGUUUAUUCGCCGAUAGAUGGGAACGCCAACGAGCCUUAUGCUCAGCUUGUCGGCGCGCUUGGAGGAGGUGGAGGCUAUCAAGCGGACCAGCCGCGACCGAAAGGCUCCAGCAGGUUGAUGGACGACGACUUGCUUGGCUGAACCGUGUCCCGGAUGAGCUUUUUUAUGGACGUAACGAUUUGGUGUCAUGUACGAGGAAUAUAUACCAUUCAUACAGCGCGUU